AUGGGAAGAUUCUCCGCGUUUCUGGGGCUUGCGGCCGUAAUUCUCGCUGUAUUGUCGCUCUCCACGUUCUCGACCGAAUGCGUUGGUCAAGAUUCACGGUCAAUUACUGGAAUCGACGGCAGCAAUGAGCUGGCAGAUUCCGCAUCUGUCGGCAGCCGUCGGAUCUCGUCGGGCCAACGGUGGCUGUUAGCUGCUGCGGAUGACGAGGAGGAGGCAGAAGGCGGGGAUGACGAAUCUGCCGGCGCGCGGGAUAAGGAUUCCGACGAUAAGGCGGAAUCUGCUGCAUCGGAGGAGGAGGAGGAGAGCGAAGAAGAAGCUCCCGUAAAGAAGAAAACCGCCGUGAAAAGGGCACUGACUAAGACGAAAUUGAAGAAGAAAGUCGAGAUUGAAGAGGCGGGGGAAGAGGCAGAUGAAGAGGCUGAGAAGCCAACUCCUGGAACAAAGAGGAAGAGCUCUUUGCUGAAAACGAAGAGGAAGAGCGAGGAUGCGGAUGAGGAGGAGACGGAGGCGGAAGAGAAGGGGGUGGAGGUCGGGACAGGUGGGGGUGGUGGGAGCCAAGAGACGGACGCGGAGGAGGAGGAUUCGGCGGAGGAGGAGACGCCGAAGAAGAGCAAGGCGUUGAAGGUGACGGCGACGGGUGGGUUGAGUAAGAAGAAGCGCGGUGCUGCUGCUGCUGAGGAGGAGGAGGAGAAGGAGGAAGGUGGGGACGAGGGAGGAGAGGAAGAGGAAACCACAAGCGUGAAGUCGAAGAAGAGCGUCAAGAAACCCUCUGCUGCUGCUGCCGCUGCGGAUGAGGAAGAGGAAGAGGAGAAGGAUGGCGCGGUGGGUGGGAAGAAGGCCGGUGGGGAUGAGACCGAGGCUGCUGAUGCAGACGCUGACGCGGACGACGCGGAGACGGACGGAGAUGCCGGUGGUGGCGCUAAGGCGAAGAUUAGCAAGGUUGUCAAAACAAAGAGCAAGGCGGCGGCGGCGGAAGAGGAGGAGAGCACGGCGGACGAGGCAGGGGGAAACGAGGGAGCGGCGGAAGAGGCGGCGGAGGAUGCUGCUGGCGGGAAAACAAAGGGCGGAGUGGGCAAGGAGUCGGAGGAGGGGUCUAGCGAUGGUGGGGAGGAGGAAGAGGAGGAAGCGAGAGUGGUUAAAAAGACACCGAAGACUGCGAAAAAGGUGGUGGAGGAGGAAGAGGAAGGGGCGGCGGCUGCUGCUGGGGGCGAGGGGGAGGGAGAAGGAGAAGGAGAAGGAGAAGAAGUGGUAGAGGAAAAGGGAGUGGGAGGUGGAGAGGGAGUGGGCCGAGGCAGCGGAUCUAAGGGUUCUGUGGGAAAGAAAGCGGUAGCGGAAGAGGAGGAGGAAGAGGCCAGUGGCGGUAAAUCUGCCGGUGGUGAGGUGGAGGGUGAGGGAGAAGCGGCGGAUAAGGUUGCUGACGAUGGUGGCAGCGCUGCUGCCGGCUACCGCAGCCCGCCGCAGUGGCCGGAGAGCCGUGACUGGGCGUGGUACGCGAACGUGCCGUACAAGCACCUGACGGAGGAGAAGGCGGGGCAGAACUGGGUGCGGUACGAGCAGCAGCAGCAGAAGUUUGUGUUUCCGGGCGGCGGGACGAUGUUUCCCAAGGGCGCGGAUGCGUAUGUGAAGGGGCUGGGGAAGCUGAUUGCGGACUUUGGGAACGGGUCUGUGCGCACCGUGGUGGACACUGGAUGCGGGGUGGCGAGCUUCGGAGCGGCACUGCUGAGCCACAACAUGGUGGCCAUGUCGUUCGCCCCGCGCGACACGCACGAGGCGCAGGUGCAGUUCGCGCUGGAGCGCGGUGUGCCCGCCAUGCUUGGCAUCAUGGCCACCAAGCGCCAGCCGUAUCCGGCCAGGGCGUUCGAUCUCGCGCAUUGCUCCCGCUGCCUCAUCCCGUGGUCCAUUGAAGGCGGGCUGUACCUGAUAGAAGUCGACCGACUCCUCCGCCCCGGCGGCUACUGGGUGCUGUCAGGCCCGCCGGUGGACUGGCAGCACCACAACAAGCACUGGGGCAAACCAGAAUCCGAGAUGCACGCACAAGAAGACGGCAUCAUCGCCGUCGCCACCGCGCUCUGCUGGCGAAAGGUCGGGCAGAAGGACGCCGUGGCCGUGUGGCAGAAGCGCGCGGAUGACUCGUGCUUCGCUGGGAAGAAAGGCGAGGCGAGGAGGAGGAGGUUGCGGGAGCUCGUGGGGGAGGGGGCUGCACGGCGCGUGCUGGCAGGAGCGGGAGGAGGAGGAGGGGGGGUGGUGGAUGGGGCAGUGGCGGAUUUGCGGCUGGAGCUUUGUCCUGAGUCGGACAAUCCCGAUGACGCCUGGUAUACCCCCAUGAAGCGCUGUGUCUCCCGCGCCCCGCUCUCCUCCUCUGCUCCCCUCGCGCCCUGGCCCAAGCGCCUCGCUCAAGCCCCCCCGCGCAUCAAGCGCGCCGCCGCCGCCGCCGCCGCCGCUGCCGCUGCUGACGGCGCCGCCGCGGCGAACAGUAAACCCCUCGUUAAGAGGUUUCUGAACAGCCUGCGCAGGUGGACGAAGCGCGUGGCGUGGUACAAGGAGGCAGUUCUGCCCGCCCUGGGCCAGGGCAGAUACCGCAACAUCAUGGAUAUGAAUGCUGGCAUCGGGUCGUUCGCAGCUGCUCUUGCGGGGGACCCGGUGUGGGUGAUGAACGUGGUUCCUGUGGAGACGCCCGCGGAGGUUGGGGAGCAGGCGCGGAAGGCAGGGAAGGGGGAGGAUGGGGUGGGCGCGGCAGGGCUGCCAGGGUACCAGUGGAGGGUGUCUGCUAAGACUGAAGCUUUGGGACUGCCGCCGGGAGAGGCGCUGGGGGUUAUCUAUGAGAGAGGCCUGAUUGGCACGUACCAGGACUGGUGUGAGCCGUUCUCCACCUACCCCCGCACCUACGACCUCAUCCAUGCCGCGUGGCUCUUCUCUGCCCUCUCCAAAAGGUCUAUACACCUUGGUUCAAUCCAUCCAUCCCCUGCUCCCUCGAAGUUCAACUCUCUCACUCCCUCUUUCUCCCGCCCUCCCACCAGGUGUGACGUGCAGGUGGUGCUGAUGGAGAUGGAUGGUGUGCUCAGGCCAGAAGGAGCAGUCAUCUUCCUUUGA